AACUGCAAAUUUGGCCGUAAUGUCAGGACGCGGAAAGCAGGGAGGCAAAGCUCGCGCCAAGGCCAAGUCGCGCUCGUCCCGCGCUGGCCUGCAGUUCCCGGUGGGCCGGGUGCACCGCCUGCUGCGCAAGGGCAACUACGCCGAGCGGGUCGGGGCCGGCGCGCCGGUGUACCUGGCGGCGGUGCUGGAGUACCUGACGGCGGAAAUCCUGGAGCUGGCGGGGAACGCGGCCCGAGACAACAAGAAGACGCGCAUCAUCCCCCGCCAUUUACAGCUAGCCGUGAGAAAUGACGAAGAGCUCAAUAAGUUACUUGGGGGUGUCACCAUUGCCCAGGGCGGCGUCUUGCCCAAUAUUCAGGCGGUCUUGUUGCCCAAGAAAACGGAGAGUCACAAGCCUGGCAAGAACAAGUAAUUAGGAAGGUCGAGACCAUCCCCA